AUGGAGCACGGGAACUACACAGUAGUUACAGAACUUGUUCUGUUGGGAUUGACCCAAAACCAUGAAGUCCAAAUGAUUCUCUUCUUCUUCUUCCUGCUCUUCUAUAUGAUCAUUCUGCCAGGCAACAUCCUUAUAAUUCUCACAAUCUGGGGGGAUCCCCAACUGGGAUCACCUAUGUAUUUCUUCCUGGCCAACUUGGCAUUCUUGGACAUCUGUUACUGUUCUGUCACCUCACCCAAAAUGCUGGCUGACUUUUUCUCAGAUCGUAAGACCAUCUCCUACAGUGCCUGCAUAGCUCAGCUUUUUUUCCUCCACUUCCUGGGAGCAGCUGAAGCUUUCCUGCUCAUGGUCAUGGCCUAUGACCGUUAUGUAGCCAUUUGCAAACCUCUUCACUACACCAGGCUUGUGAACAGAAGAGUUUGCUGUGUCCUGGUUGGAGUUACCUGGAGUGGGGGCUUCAUCCAUGGCAUCAUUCUACUUGGUCUCAGCAUCCACCUCCUCUUAUGUGGUCCCAACAUCCUGGACAACUUCUUCUGUGAUGUCCAUCAGCUGGUCAAGUUGGCCUGUGAUAACUAUUUUGUUCAUUACACUUCUCCUAAUCUCCUACACUGUCCUGGAGUUGUUAUAGUUAUGUGCAUUACACUUCUCCUAAUCUCCUACACUGUCCUGUUGCUGAAGCUCCGGACACAGUCCUCCAAGGCAAAGAACAAAGUAGCCUCCACCUGUGUUUCCCACAUCAUUGUGGUUUUUGUCAUGUGUGCUCCAGCUGUGUAUAUCUAUGGUUUACCCUUCCAAGUUGUCCCAAUGGAAAAAUUUGUUGCCGUUUUCCAUACAGUCAUCUUCCCUUUGACCAACCCCAGGAUCUACACCUUGUGUAACAAGGAGAUCAAAAGCUCAAUGUGGAGACUACUCAGCAAAUGCGUGCUUCGGUGUGGAAAAUCUAAAACAAAUAUUU